AUGGCUACACCAUCUACACGGAAAGAAAAUUGUACAAAAAAUUAUGAUGGAAACAUAGUAAUUUUUAGUAUAGAACAUGGUAGUGCCGGACCAGAACUCAAACAUUAUAAUUUAUACGUUGCAACAUCACGGCAGCAUCAUAAAAAUCAACAUACUGAAAGUCUAGUCCUGGAUUACGAUGUUACCAAUACGGCAGCAUCUUAUUCAAAUGCAAGAAAAUGUUCAAAUGGUGGACGAGGUUUGAUGCAACUUGAUUAUACACAAUUAAAAUUGAAGUUCGAAUCGAUAACUGGAUUGAGACCGAUGCCUUAUAGUGAAUUUGUUGAAUCCUAUGUCAAAGCUUACUACAUUCCGGAGAAUACGCUUCGUGAAUGGAUUAAAUGUCAUAAGGAAUACUCCAGUAAACAACUCAUUGGUUUAGUUUCCUGUAUGUAUCAAAAUAACAAAAAAUCACGACAAAAGUUUGUGACAAUUAUAGAAGAUCAAUCAAGUCGGUGA